GCGUGACGUGGGUCUUGCAGCUUGCGAGGAGAUGAGUGGUAAGCGGCCUGCUGAGCCCGUCCCGGGCCGGGCUGGGAAAAGGGGAAAGAAGGAGGUGAUGGCGAAGUUUUCGGAUGCUGUCACGGAGGAAACCUUGAAAAAGCAGGUGGCUGAGGCCUGGAGUCGCAGGACGCCGUUCCGCCACGAAGCCAUUGUCAUGGACAUGGACCCCUUUCUUCACUGUGUGAUCCCAAACUUCAUCCAAAGCGAAAACUUCUUGGAAGGACUUCAGAAGGAACUUUUGAACUUGGACUUCCAUGAAAAGUAUAAUGAUUUAUAUAAGUUCCAGCAGUCUGAUGAUCUGAAGAAGAGAAGAGAGCCUCACAUCUGUGCUUUAAGGAAAAUUCUGUUUGAACAUUUCCGGGCUUGGCUUUCAGACAUUUCGAAGAUUGACCUGGAAUCAACCAUUGAUGUGUCCUGUGCUAAAUAUGAAUUCUCAGAUGCCCUGCUCUGCCAUGACGACGAGCUGGAAGGACGCCGGAUUGCCUUCAUUCUUUACCUGGUUCCUCCCUGGGACAGGAGCUUGGGGGGCACCCUGGACCUGUACAACGUUGACGAACACUUUCAGCCGAAGCAGAUUGUCAAGUCUCUUAUCCCUUCGUGGAACACACUGGUUUUCUUUGAAGUGUCUCCAGUAUCCUUUCACCAGGUUUCCGAAGUCCUGUCUGAAGAAAAGUCGCGUUUGUCCAUCAGCGGCUGGUUUCACGGUCCUUCACUGACCAGGCCUCCCACCUACUUUGAACCUCUCAUACCUCGGAGCCCUCACAUCCCACAAGAUCAUGAAAUUUUGUAUGACUGGAUCAACCCUACUUAUCUCGACAUGGAGUACCAAGUUCAAAUUCAAGAAGAAUUUGAAGAAAGCUCUGAAAUUCUCCUAAAAGAGUUCCUUAAGUCUGAGAAAUUUGCAGAGGUGUGUGAGGCUUUGGAGAAAGGAGAUGUGGAAUGGAGCAGCCGAGGUCCCCCUAACAAAAGGUUUUACGAGAAGGCUGAGGAGAGCAAACUUCCCGACAUCUUGAAGGACUGCAUGGCAUUAUUUCGCUCCGAGGCAAUGUUCUUGCUGCUCUCCAACUUCACAGGCCUGAAACUUCACUUCUUGGCCCCUUCAGAAGAAGGUGAGCUUGAGGACAAAAAAGAGGGAGAAGCAGCCUCUGCUGCUGAUGACACUGAAGAAGGGCCUAGCCGCAGUUCUGAGCCAGAGAGCAGGCGGGCGGCCAGCAGCAGCAGCAGUCAGCAGAGCAACGAACAGACGGACCCAGAGCCAGAGGAAAACGAUGCAAAGAAAGAAUCAGGUGUUCCCACAUGCCAGGGGGAACUGAGGCAUUGGAAGACUGGUCACUACACUUUAAUCCAUGACAACAGCAAGACUGAAUUUGCCCUGGACUUACUUCUCUACUGUGGCUGUGAAGGCUGGGAGCCAGAGUAUGGUGGCUUCACCUCCUACAUUGCCAAAGGAGAUGAUGAAGAGCUGCUAACAGUGAAUCCAGAAAACAAUUCUUUGGCGUUGGUCUACAGAGAUAGAGAGACUCUGAAAUUCGUCAAGCAUAUUAACCACCGAAGCCUAGAACAAAAGAAAACUUUCCCAAACAGAACAGGUUUCUGGGACUUUUCAUUUGUCUAUUAUGAAUAAGGUUGGGCAAAGCUGGAAAGAGGAGACCCUUCCUCAGUACUGGGACGUCUGGAAGAGUUAGGCAUCGAGUGAAGGAGAGCUACAAGGUGACCUGUGUGACAGCGUUCUUAAAACUGUGUGUGGUUGUCCUUUAGUAGGGCUCAUAAUGAUUAUCCUCAAUCUAGACCUUGAGCUUGGAGAUAGAUAGGUACUUAUCUCUUGAUGUAAAAUAAAAAGGGGUUUUGUCUUUUUCUUUAACAUUCAGUUCAUUUUCCAUAUUGGCUUCUUCAGUGAUUAAAAAUAUGUGGUAAAAUAUACGUGACAUAAAAUGUAUCUUUUUCAAGCGUACAGUUCAGUGGCAUUAAGUACAUUCACAUUGUUGUGCAGCCUUCACCACCGUCCAUCUCCAGAACUCUUCCAUCUUUCCCAACUGUACCUCUGUCCCCAUUAAAUAGUAACUCUGUACUUUCCCCUCCCCACAGCCUCUGGCAACCACCAUUCUACUUUCUGUCUCUAUGAAUCUGACAACUCAUAUUCCUCAUAAGACAAAUAAUAGAAUGUCUGUCCUUUUGUGACUGGCUUAUUUCACUCCACAUAAAAUCUUCAAGGUUCAUCCAUGUUUCCAGUGAUUGAUUGACUUUUUUUUUUUAAAUAUGGACUCAUAAAUUUAUGACUGCAGAUUCUGUCCUUCCUAAUUUCACUGGUUUAGAAGAUUACAGAACCUUACACCCUGUUCAUUCUGGGCCCAUUGCACUUCCUCCCACUGCCUAUGGGCUUUGUUCCACUGUGACUCUCUGUGGACUGUAUAGACUAGGCGAUGUGUAGUCUGUUCCCUUGGAAAAAGCCUGGCCUAAAACCACGUGGCCACAAGAAACUUCUGGUCGGUAAAGAAGAUGUGCAGUAGUUUUCAGGUGCCCACUGCUCUUCCAUCCUGGAGUUGUGCCUCCACUAUAACUAAAUGAUUUUCUAAUCUCACAUAUGGCUUUCAUUUCCUAAAUAUUGUAGGGUCAACUAUCAAACUAGUUGCCUUUCUUGAAGAGACCAAAUACUAAAGACCAUGGCAAAAUGCCAAGAAGCUGUCCAUUUUGUUGCAUUCUUUUUCCCUUGAACUGUUCAAAGGGAUUAUAUAAUAACUGCUACCCACGUGCAUGGGCGUGCAUGGAUGGGUGUAAGGUGUCGCUGCAUCUUUAGUUGAAAGAUGCUAUUCUCAUUCCACUCCAGUGCUGUCUCCCUGUUAACUUCCUCUUUUUUUACGUGUAUUAUUAGCUAUUGCAGUAGCUUUUAUUUUGGAUUUUACUCAU